AUCGCGAAUAACGUAGAGACACUUGUCGGUUGAAGUAGAAUAUUACAAUCGAGUUAUUAAAAAAAAAAACUAUUCCUACAUUAUUUAUAUAAUAAAUUAAUAAUUAAUUUUCUGAAAGUUCGGAUUGAAGAAAUCUAAAAAUGCCUUUGCCAGCAGCAUUAGCUGCACGUCUUGCAAAAAGGGGGUUAAUCACUGGAUCUGAAAAGCAUGUUAUUAAUUUUGCAGAAUCUGGGAAAAAAGAAGCAAAAAAGAAAGUGCAUGAAGAAGUAAUAGCUGAAGAUUAUGAUAACACAAAAGAAGAGAUUAAUCAGAUUGACAUAUCCCAAAAAUUUAUGGGUUAUAGUGGGUGUCCUAAUAAAUACAAUAUUUAUCAUGAAUGUACAAAAAAAUGUAAAGAGUUAUGGGGAAUUGGACAUGCGCAACCUUCGGACAAAUAUUUGAAACAACAAAUGAGAUUAAUUCAAAAAUAUCCAUUGCCAGAGACUUGGAAAGCUGUUUAUGAUCCUGGAUCUGGACAACAUUAUUAUUGGGAUUGGUCUUCUGAUUUGGUAUCUUGGUUACCACCGGGUCAUCCUAAAUGUCAAAUAUCACAACCUGCAUCUCAAUUACGUGAAGAAUUGCAUUUGAAGGCAGGAGAUCAAGAUGAUAAUUUGUCAAGUGAUGAUAGCACUAGUGAUCAAGAGCAAAUGGAAGUAGAAGAAAGUGAACCCGUCAAGAAAGACAGAAAGAUCGAAAAUCGUUCAAGAUAUAAAGGACCAGAUAACAAAAGAACUUAUAGAUCUGACAGAACUGAUAGUAAAGAUGCUAAAGAUCGUACUUUAGAUCCUAUGGAUCCAGCAUCCUACAGCGAUAUUCCUAGGGGGAAAUGGUCAGACGGAUUGGCUAAACAUAAUGAAGCUAAAACUGGUGCUGACACGACCGCCUCAGGUCCUCUUUAUCAAAUGAGACCAUAUCCCAGUCCAGGCGCGGUGCUUCGCUCUAACAGAGCUAAUAAAACAGAAUCGGAAUUGUCCAGCAAGCCGAAAGUUUCGUUUCCUGAAAAACCGGAAUAAAUAAAUACAUUUUGUGAUAAUAAUGACUUAAUUUUAUGUGAUUAUGUUAAUAUAUACUAAUAAUAAUGUUGUUACAUUAAAAUAUACUUAAUGACAAUUAUUCGGCACGAGAGAUCAUUUCACUGUAAAGUAUAUAGUAAAUAUAACUUUUAGAUU